AAGCGUGUUGUAUCGUAACCUAAAAUUUUUGACACAUUGAAUAAAUUUUAUUUAUAAAAUAAAAUAUUAAUAACGAAUAAAGUAAAAUGGACGAAGAAAACGAUGAAAAGAUAUUAAAUUUCCACGAAAUGGAAAUAGAUGAUCGAAUAUUAAAGGCAAUAGCGAAAUUAGGAUGGCAAAUUCCAACUUUAAUACAAGAAAAAGCAAUUCCUUUGUUACUUGAAGGAAAAGAUGUUUUAGUUCGAGCUCGAACUGGAUCUGGAAAAACAGCUGCUUUUUCGAUCCCUGUAAUCCAAAAAAUUUUAAGCUCAAAAGAUACUACGAUCCACCAAGAAACCAAGGCAUUAAUUUUGGCUCCAAGUAAAGAAUUAUGCGAACAAAUCUGUAAAGUCGUUGAAAGUUUAACCAUAAAAUGUUCAAGAGAAGUACGAUGUAUCGAUAUAGCACCAAAAGCCGAUUUACAAGUUCAAAAGCCGAUGUUGGUUGAAAAACCCGAUAUUGUUAUAAGCACACCAGCUAGGGCUUUACAACACAUAAAAGCAGGAAAUUUAAACAUAAAGGAGUCUUUAGAUAUGUUAGUUAUCGACGAAGCUGAUUUGGUGUUUUCGUUUGGUUACGAAGAUGAAAUUAAAGAUCUUUUAAAAUAUUUACCCAAAAUUUAUCAAGCUAUUUUAGCCUCGGCUACGUUAAGUGAAGACGUUAAAAGCUUGAAAAGUUUGGUUUUGCAUAAUCCCGUUACUUUAAAAUUAGAAGAACCCGAUUUGGCCCCGACGACUCAAUUAACUCAUUAUCAUUUAGCCGCCGAAGAAUUAGAGAAGGCUACGAUACUUUAUGCUUUAUUAAAAUUGCAUUUAGUUAGAGGAAAAACGAUUAUUUUUGUUAAUACUGUUGAUAAAUGUUAUAAAAUAAAAUUGUAUUUAGAGCAAUUUGGAAUUCCAACUUGCGUUUUAAACUCCGAGCUUCCAGCUAAAACUCGAUGCCAUUCCGUGAACCAAUUCAACCAAGGUGUUUAUAACAUAAUCGUAGCUUCCGAUGAGAAAGCUUUAGAACAACCUGGUGAAUUUGUUGAUCGCAAAAAAUCGAAAAGGAGGAAAGAUAAAGAAAGCGGGGUUUCGCGAGGAAUCGAUUUUCAAUUCGUUGCAAAUGUUAUUAACUUCGAUUUUCCUCUCGAUACUCAAUCUUACGUCCAUAGAGCUGGAAGAACCGCAAGAGGGAAUAAUCAAGGAAGUGUUUUAUCGUUUGUUAGCAUAAAAGAACAAGGGUUACAUGAAGAUGUUGAGAAAUGUUUAAAAACGGGGCACAACACCGAAGAAUCAGUUUUUAAAAAGUAUCAAUUUAAAUUAGAGGAAGUUGAACCUUUUAAAUAUCGCGCGCAAGAUGCGUGGCGCGCCGUGACAAGAAUAGCAGUCCGAGAGGCUCGCUUAAAAGAGAUUAAACAAGAAAUAUUUAAUUGCAAAAAAUUAAAAAGUUAUUUCGAGGAUAACCCGAACGAUUUAAAAGUGUUACGCCACGAUAAAGCUUUACACACAGUUCGAAUUCAGCAGCAUUUAGCCGAUGUUCCCGAUUAUAUCGUUCCCCCAACUUUAAAAAAUUUAGCGGGGGUGGGGAAAAAGAGGAAGCGGAAAGGAGUGUUUAAAAAAAUUGGGGAGAGUUCUUCAAGUAAAUAUCAAGCGAAAAAACGCAAUCCUUUACUUAGUAUGAAAUUUGAAGGGUUUCAAAAAAAGAAAAAAACUUCGUGAAAUAAACGUUAUUAAUUUGUCGAUUUAAAUAAGAUUUUCGA